AUGUGGAAGGGAUGCAGCCAAGGCAAGGAGGGUCUGAGCUGCAGCAGGGCAGCUGUCACCAACAUCUCCUCCAAACUGGGCUCCAUCGGGCUGUGCCUCCACGUGCCAGAGGCCCCCAUGUACCCGUACCGGGCCAGCAAGGCUGCCCAGAACAUGGUGACGAGGUGCUUGGCUGUGGAACUCCAGGACAAGGGGAUCUUGUGCAUGGCCAUCCAUCCUGGCUGGGUGAAGACUGACAUGGGCACACAGGAGGCACCACUGACAGUGGAGCACAGCGUGAGGGGCAUCCUGACUGUGCUGGCCAGCCUCUCACAGCACACCUCUGGAGCCUUCCUCGACUGGGAAGGGAACAGCCUGCCCUGGUGAUGGACAAAUGGAUGGCACCUCUUGCCCAUGCUGCAGCCUCUGCUUGCUGGCUCAUCCCUACUCACCCUGAGCCCUCCCCACACUGCUGGGGAGAGGGAAUCAGCUUGGGAAACAGCCUCUGCUUCCCUUCCCACACCAUGUGUUCCC